AAGCACAGUUAGUGGCGUCGCGGGAUCUCUGCCAGAUAACACGAACUUCCUUUCAUUUUUAGAGACAUGGAUGUCAUUAUAAAUGCGGCACGGCACACCUCGAACUCAUGAACGUGCUAUCAACACGCUGGUCAUUUCUCCGUAACUUCGUGAAGACCGUUACAUAACGCGCCAGCAGAGAUGAGAGACAUCAUAGGAUUGGCGCUGGUGCUCGUUGUUCUGAGGGUUCGAGGGGAAAACAUCAAUGACGGCUAUUGUGUGGAUGGAAAAUGCUUCGUCUUCCACGUAGACAGUGCGAGUUUUGACGCUGCCCAGCUCGUCUGUCAAGAGAAAGGAGGACAUCUGAUGACCGUGCGCACCGAAAACGCGGCCGAUGGUCUCGGGGGGUUGUUAAACGGCGCUUCUGGAGACUUUUGGCUUGGGCUGAAAUACGCCGGCGAUCAGUGUUCAAACUCAAACGAUGGAUUGAAGGGAUACAGAUGGGUCACUGGAGACAACAAAACCCAAUACGUCAACUGGAAAAGCGACUUGAGGGUUUGUUCUCCACUAUGUGUUUCUGUAUCACAAAAAGUUCUCAAAUGGACCGAAAGACCAUGCAAUGACAGAAUCGAAGGUUAUUUGUGCGAAUACGACAACCCCGGUUACUGUCUGCCGCUUAGCAUCCACGCACCAGUCUCAUAUCAAACUCACUUCGGAUUUACAGCAAAGGAAGAACUCAAAGAGAUUCCUCAAUUCACCAAUGGGACACUGCAGCCGCUGAGAACGAGACACAUUUGCUUCGAAGGCGAGUGGCAUAAUGCACCUUGGAGUUGUGAAGUUUUUGUUGGUGGAUGCGAUUAUAAGUGCAUUCAGAAAGGGCAAAGCUACGCCUGCAUCUGUCAGCCUGGGUUCGAACUCGACACCAACGGAGUCGCUUGCAACAAACAGGACGAUGACCCUUGCGCUGAAUGUGAACACAAAUGCACGCGAGCCGGCGAUGCAUUAGCUUGCACGUGUCGCCCGGGGUUUCAACUAAGUGCAGAUGGCAAGUCUUGCGAAGAAUGCAAACCCGGCUUUCACAUUGAAGGUGGCGUUUGCGUUGAUGACGACAAAUGCGAGUCUGCGCCGUGCGAGCACUACUGCAUCAACACUGACGGUAGCUAUCACUGUGAGUGCUUUGAGGGAUUUAUUCAGUCGAUGGAGGACAUGCACAAAUGUAAAAUGCACUGUGAGAAAAACAUCUGCCCAGCGGAAUGUGAUCCCAACAACAACGCCCAGUGCAGCUGCCCCGAUGGUUUCCUAGUUGAAGAGCAAUCUUGCCUUGACAUAGAUGAAUGCGAUAGUGGUUACUGUGACCAUGCAUGUGAAAAUACACCUGGAGGAUUUCAAUGUUCUUGCGAUGAAGGAUACGUGCUUAAAGACAGCACCAGAUGUAUGAGAGAAGACUUCGAGGGUUCGGGCAGCUCAACGCCUUUUGAUAUUUUUAUUCCUACGAGCAGAUCUCCAACAGACAAGCCAGUGUCCAUCUCAGCUGGCAGUCUUUUAGUAAUAAUGUUUUGCAUGGUUGUUUGUAUUCUUUUACUGGUCUGCCUCGCUCACUGCAUAAUGAGACGUCUUAGUAAAAUGCACCAUUACGAUGUGGACAAAGGCCACGAUGAAAUCUUCGAUUUUCAACAGAGCUCUCAGAAUGGAAUAUAUAUUUAUACUGAUCCUUUUUGAAUUGUGCAUCAACACUGAAGUUGUGAAG